GCCAGUCGAUACCGAAUAAUCAGUUGCAAAACCACUGAUUAGUUGUUAUCUGUCAUCUGAUAAUGUUAUUUUUCAAUUGGAAACACCCAAAAACCUAGAAAAUGUCAGAACACUUCUCUGAAUCCCUACUUCGUGGUGCAAAAAGUGGAAACUUAGAACAGGUGAAGCAGUCGUGGAUACAAGCAGAAGAUAAAUACGAAAGAGAUUUUCUGGGACAUAACGCCCUAACGUUGGCAAUAAUUCACGACCAUUUUGACAUAUUUAAGUAUUUGGUGGACACAGGUUUUGUUUUAGACUUGGUCAACGAUGUUUAUUCUAAUUUUAUAAUGUUGUGUGGAACCACCAAAACAAGGUACUUGUCAGAACAUCGAGGUGAUGAUAGUUUCCUGGGAGCAACGGCGCUCAUUUGCGCUGUCAAAAAACGUAAUUUUGACAUGGUUCGCUACUUGGUUGAAAAAGGAGCUUCUGUUAAUUUGGUUGAUAAGGAAGGGUACGGGGCAUUGUAUUAUGCCAUACGGAAAAGAUGUGACAAAGAAAUGAUCGAAUAUUUAAUAAGGGAAGGAUCUGAGGUUGAAGUGACUUGUGAACAGGUGGACGAAUAUGCUGAGUUCCACCAGGAUUUUACCUCAUAUUGGAGCGAACUUAGAAGAGAACUAGAAAUAUGAGUUUCGGUGUUGUUAUUUGUAAAACGUGGAUCAGCUUUUGAAUAAACAAAGUUUUAAUUAUCUA